CUCUCCUGACUUAUGGUGGGUGGAGAACUUGGAUUGCCAGUGCUCCAGGCACCCAGGAGAGCAGGCUGGCUAGCACUGACUAGUGCUGGCCUGAGAUAACCCGCCCUGUCCUGGGACCAACUGAAGCACAAGGGAAACCCAAGCAGCCAAAGUACGCGCAGGUAUGCCCUGCCGCGGAAAUGGGGCUUGUCUGAAGCCUCGGAAUUCCGAGUCCUGUGGCCCUGGGUUCGGGACCCUGGGUUUGCUCACGCGUGGCCUGCCCGCGCCCAACGCUCGCUGGGCAGCCCAAUGCCCAGCGUCCGCCUAGGCUUCGGCCUCCUGGCGGCCCUGGCAGCGGGUGGUGCUGUCGCCCUGCUCGGCUACUGCGUCUACCUGGACCGGAGGCGGCGCAGAGACCUGGGGAUCCGGUGCUGCCUGCGUGACCAGAGAAGAUCUGGACAGCCCAAGGCCCAGGCGCAGGCCAGGCAGUUAUGGGACCCAGCAAAGGAGAAACUACAAGAAUUUUUUUUGCAAGAGGUACAAAUGGGAAAACUUUGUUUAGCUAGAGGAGAGCACGGAAUAGGGGUUGAACAUCUCACCAAUGCCCUUUUAGUGUGUGGGCAACCCAAGGAACUCCUGACGUUUUACAAACACAUACUCCCUCCUGAGGUAUUUCAGAUGCUACUGUACAGAAUUCCCCUUAUCUGCCAGCAACUUGAGGCAGACAUGUAUGAACAGAAGUACUUGAAGGAUGAUCCUGACUGAAGCAUCUCAACACAUCACAGCCCAGACAGAAUAGUGUGUUCUGUACAGUAAAAACAACCGCUCAGUGAUACUUUCAUUUAUUUUACUUCUGGUAAUAAACUUUUUCUAUCUCAUA